GCUCAGUAGAAGUUCAGUUUAUAGUAGUCAAACACAAUGGCCUUCAAAUUCGCUAUUUUGUUAAUAUCUUUUGUCAUAGUUAAUAAUUCUGCAUCGCCACCAACUAAUGAAGAAGUUAUAUCAGAUGCCUAUAAGUUUGCUUACUACUAUUAUUACAAUAACGAAGCAACAGGUUUUGAUAGCAAUGAGAAUCUUAGCAAGUCCGCUUUUUUAGAUUUUGUGGGCAAAGAAGACAAUUUCGAAUAUGUAAACAGUUAUUGGUCAGAGAACUCAGUUUCAUCAGAAGCACAAAAUCAUAUAUAUUUAGAAGAUUUUAGGGAACUCGUGGCUUCGAUUUGCACAAUACAAAAUAUUGAUAUAAAAGUCUUUCUUGAAAAAAGAAUAGCAGCAGCUAAGUUGAUAACAUAUGCCUUUGAUAUUGCAACUGGCUAUUACGACCUUGGUCCUAUGAGAAACAACAUGAUUCUUCUUCAGUCCGAUUUUUUAGAUUUUGUGGGUAAAGAGGACAAUGUAGAAUUUUUAAACAGUUAUUGGACAGCGAAUUCAAUUUCACCAGAAGCACAAGAUUACAUACUUUUCAAAGUAUUUAGGAGACUUAUAUAUUGGAUUUGCUCACAACGAGAAUUUGUUAUAAAAGACUUCCUUGAAGAAAGGAUACCAGUAGCUGAGGUAACCUAG